GAACCAACAAACUUAAAUAGUGAAGAAUAUGCAAUUCAAUUUUAUCAACCCGACGAAGACGGUGAUACAGAUCUCCAUAACUCCAUUAUUCUCAAUGGGGAAAUAUCUAUGCAGCUCAUAUCCAUAGCCCCCACAUACGAAUGGUUAAAUUUUCAAAACAGACUGUCACAAACACCCUUACAUCUAGCUGUGUUAACCAACCAACCAGAAAUUGUACGCAGACUGAUAGUGGGCGGAGCUCAAAUUGACAUCCGAGAUCAUAAAGGCAACACCCCUUUACACAUCGCUGCUCAGAAAGGAUACCAAAAUAUUGCUAAACUCUUAUUGACACCUGUCUUUCAUAAUGAGAUCAACGUUAACAGCUACGAGAUUCCAUACCAAAAGAUUCCACAAGAUUUAGAAAUCAGAAAUUAUGAUGGGUUGAGUUGUUUACAUUUAGCAGCCCUUGGUAACCAUUAUGAUAGCAUGCGGCUUUUGUUGGAAAAUCGAGCCCCUAUUAACAUAGCGGAUGGUAAAAGUGGAAGAACAAUUUUACAUUACGCUGCAGAACAAGGCAAUGAAGACCUCUUACAUUUUAUACUGAGUUCACCUAACACUGAUAUUAAUAAGAAAACCUAUGGUGGACUAACAGCCAUUGCGCUAGCUAAUGGUCGCGGUUAUAAUGAAGCUGUUAGAAUUCUGUAUAGGAAUGGAGCUGAUACUACAGGUUUAGAUGAAAACCAAGAUGAUUCUGAUGAAGAAAUG